UCCCAGCGAUUCCAUUGAAUUCAUUUUUUUUCCUUCCUUUCCAAACUGCUAACAUGGUCGAAACCAAGACCACCAAAGCUGAGGCUCCAAAAAAGCUUCCAGCAGUUCCGGAGUCAAUCCUUAAGAGAAAACUCCGUCGUACCACCCAAAAGGCUCAACGCCUCCAGGUCUCCAUUAAGGCUCGUGCUGCUCACUACAAAAAGAGAACUGAGUACUUUAAACGUGCUGAAAAGUACGCUAAAGAAUAUCGCCAACAAGAACGAAAUGAAAUUCGUUUGAAAAGACAAGCAAAGACCAAGGGAAAUUUCUAUAUUCCCGGUGAAGCUAAGCUUGCAUUUGUCAUUCGUAUUCGUGGUGUUAACCAAAUUGCACCAAAACCAAGGAAGAUCCUUCAAUUGUUCAGAUUGAAGCAAAUUAAUAAUGGAGUCUUUGUAAAAUUGAACAAAGCUACCAUUAACAUGUUGAGAAUGAUUGAACCAUAUAUCACAUGGGGAUAUCCAAAUUUGAAAUCAGUCAAAGAAUUAGUUUACAAACGUGGAUUUGCCAAGAUUGAUCGUCAAAGAAUCCCAAUAACUUCAAACAGUCUCAUCCAAAAAAAAUUGGGACGUGCUGAUAUUAUCUGUACUGAAGAUUUGAUCCAUGAAAUUUUCACUGUUGGCAAAAAUUUCAAAUACGCCAGCAACUAUCUUUGGCCAUUCAAGCUCAACACACCAACUGGAGGAUGGAGAAAGAAGACAAACCACUACGUCGAAGGUGGUGACUUUGGUAAUCGUGAAGAUCGUAUCAACGAACUCCUCAGACGAAUGGUUUAAAACUUGAAAUGAAUAAAACUAAAUUAAAAAUAAUA